AGGACAAACUCUGAAGCCGCCCAAGCCUGGUAUGGGCGUGGCGUUGAAACUGAAGGAGACAGUCUUCAUUUCCACAACUACUGCACUGACACUGUCUCUGAGAGUGCUCACCAAGAGGAGGAUGACUUUAACCCCCAGACCUCACCUGCUUCAGAGACACAAGACAACCAGAGAAACAUGGAGCCAAACUCAGGCAGGAAUGGAGAAGAUGCCCAGUGUGGAGGGGAACCUACUGGAGAUGUGGUAUUGCUCUCUGAAUUUGAUCAUCAAGAGGAAGUUCACCUUAAUGCCCAGCUCUCACCUUCAUCAGACCCAGAGAAACAACAUGGCAAACCCUCAAACAUGGAGCCAAACCCAGGCAGGAUUGGAGAAGCUGUCCAGAAUGGUGAUUCUUCAAAUACAGACCAAAAUCCAGAUGCAAGUGAUGCCACCGGAGCAGUGAAGAGGCCAUUCAUUUGCAACGUUUGUGGAAAGUGUUUCAAUUGGAGAUGCACGCUUAAAGCCCACCGUAAUCAUCACACCAAACCCUUUAGCUGCCCACAGUGUGGGAAAUGUUUUGGUACGAAGACUGGGUGUAAUAAUCACCUCUUGGCGGUACAUUCUAAAGACAGGUCCUUCAAAUGCACAGAUUGUGGGAAGAAGUUUGCUUUGAGAAAAGGUUUCAUCAAACACAGGGAUUUCAACCCAACUCUGCAUACCUGCACAACAUGUGAAAAAUCGUUCUGUGGGAACGUGCGCUAAAACGGCACAACUUCAGUGAUCACCCGGAAAAGGCAUACAUCUGCUCUUUGUGUCCAAAAACCUUUCGGUCAUGGCCA